AUGCCUUCUUAUGCAGUGCUUGGUGCCACAGGCAACACGGGCAAAGCUCUGAUGCAAAUCCUCCUGCAAUCACCCGUCAACCGGAUCAACGCCUAUUGUCGGUCCAAAGAGAAGCUCUUCCGUGUCUGCCCCGAAGCCGCCAACAACAAGCAGGUGAAGGUGUUUGAAGGUCAUCUCGACGAUAUCUCGCUCAUUGCCGACUGCAUCCGCGGUACCCGGGCCGUGUUCCUCGUGGUUGCAAUAGUGGACAAUAUGCCAGGUUGCACCGUGGCUCGGGACACGGCAUCGGUUGUCAUCUCGGCUCUCGAUCGGAUUCGGCAUGAGGCUGACCAGCACAACUCCCACCCACGGCUUCCGAAACUCAUCCAGCUCUCCUCAGCCUCACUCGAGGAGUCCUUCUGCGGAGACGUUCCUGCCUUUGUUCACUCGAUCCUCAGCACUGCCGUAUCAUAUCUCUACAAGGACCUCGCUGAAGCCGAGAAGUUCCUGCGAGCGCAGCAGGGCUGGGUGACUUCCGUCUUUGUCAAGCCCGGAGGGUUGGUUCAUGACCGGCAGAGUGGCCACGAGAUCAGCACCGAGACAGCCAAGACGCCGCUCUCCUUCUUGGACCUGGCGGCGGGAAUGGUGGAGAUAGCGGCCAGUGAGGAUGGAAAGUACGGUAUGCGGAAUGUCAGCGUGCUGCCAACGUCGGACCAUGUCAAAUUUCCGUGGGAUGGCAUUUACUUUGCCUUGACGGGGCUGUUGUAUCAUUACAUGCCCUGGACAUAUCGCUAUCUGGGUGAAUACCCGCUUCCAUAG